AUGAGUGUUUUCAGAGAAAUGUUCAGAAAUGAUCCCAUUUUCAACAUUGACAUUUUACAAUUGAAUGAAGGUUCUCCAUUCACUGAGGCUUGCAAGCAAUUUUUGAAUAGCAAAUGUGAGAAUUUAAUUGAUCUCUGCAAUGAAGAAUUAUCAUUACCAGAGUCUAAAUAUUUGACAGAAGCCUUGCUCUUGCGAGGAACAGCACAUCUUUACAUGGGCGCCUUUGCAGAUGCUAUUACAGAUUUUGAUACAUUAAUUGAUAAGGCAGACAUGGAUAAAACUAUCAAAGUGAAUGCACUUAUUAAGAAAAGUAAUUGCUAUGGUCAGCAAAGUUUGUCACAGGAAGCUAUGGAUACUUAUGCUCAGGCUGUGAAUGUUGAUCCAGAAAAUGUAGACAUUUAUUUCCACCGAGGACAGCAACUGAUGUUCCAAGAUCGAUGUAAAGAAAGUGUAGAAGAUUACGUGAAAUGCAUAGAACUAUGUCCGGAUUUCCCUCAAGCUCAUGUCUAUAAAUGUCUUGCAGAACAUCGAACAGCAUUAAUAAAUAAUUCUACAGAAGGCUUAGAGAAAGUAGCUGUCCGUUUUGGUGAAGUGGUCAACAAGUUCCCAAAUUGUAUUGAAGCAAGAAUCAAAUUUGGCCAAAUUUUACUUGGUCAAAGCAAACCUGAAGAGGCUCGGGAGCAUUUUGAAAAAGUCUUGGAAUUAGACAAAAACAAUGCCAUGGCUACUGUUUAUAUGGGUGUGCUACUUUUAAAUUAUAAACCAGAUUUUGAUCAAAUCCGUUCAUACAUUGAUAAAGCCAUUGAAAUGGAUGGACGUUAUGAAUAUCCAUACGAGCUUCUUGGUUCUAUUGAAGUGCACAGGGGCAAGGUAGAAUCUGCUGUAUCCAAUUUCCAAAAGGCCAUUAAAUUGGCUCGAACAGAACAUGAAAUUACUCAUCUCUAUACAUUAAUGGAUGCUACAGAGGCUCAGGUUGAGGUGACUCGUCGUCUAGAAACUAGUCUCUCUCUCUCUCUCUCUCUCUCUCUGUAUAUAUAUAUUCAUCUCUGCGCUGUUUUUUAUCUCAUUCUGUUGACAUCUAUCUAUCUAUCUAUCUAUCUAUCUAUCUAUCUAUCUAUCUAUCUCAUUUUGUUAAUAUCUAGCUUGCUUUCUAGGCUUUGUCGUCUUUUCAUUAACUAA